AUGUCGCAAUCACCAUUGAAUGCGAUCACCGUGCACACCCGCGAAGAUGUCGCGCGUCACAACCGGUCGGCCGACCUGUGGGUGAUAAUCGACAAGGAAGUGUAUGACUUGACAAAUUUCCAAGCAGAGCACCCUGGAGGUGAUCGAAUCCUGCGCAGGCUUGCCGGCCAAGAUGCCUCGAAGGAAUUCCACGAGAAUCAUCGCGAGUCGCUAUUCAAUGAGGGGCUUCGUCUAGCAGAGCGACGCGUCCCAUUCAACGUCGACGCGCUUUCCACCGCGAUAUGCAAGGCCGCCAACAAACCGGCGAAUGACCUCACGUCGAUAACCAAAAUCGCAGAAGGCGGCUUCAAUCGCAUCCUCCAGGCCACUUUCCGGGACGGGUACGAAGUUAUCUCUAGGAUCCCCUAUAAUUCAACUGUUCCGAAACAUUAUGCCGUUGCUAGUGAAGCCGCUACGCUGGGUUUGCUUCGCGCGAAUGGCCUCCCGGUACCCAAGGUUCUGGGGUAUUCUCCCGAUCGCACGAAUGCCGUGGGAACCGAGUAUCUUCUGCUUGAAAAACUGCAAGGCUCACCCUUGAGUGACCAGUGGUUUACCAUGGAUAACAAAGCUCGAGUGAAGAUCAUGAAGCAGAUCGUUGAUCUGGAGAGGCGGUUUAUGACGAUUGAGUUUCCUGCAAGUGGAAGUCUAUACUACCGCAGGGAUUUGAACGCACAGGCUGUUACCCCAGUGAACACGACCGAUGAAGCUCCUGGGCCUGAUGAUUUGGUAGUCGGUCCGAUUGCGCUGCAGGCAUGGUGGUAUGGUGAACGAGCACUUUUGGACACUGAUCGCGGACCUUGGAAAGAUUUCACCCUCUGCUUCGGGGCUCCCGCGAAACGAGAGAUCGAGUUUUGCAAUCGAUACGGCAAACCGCGAUUUCACUACGAGCGAUAUUUACGACAGAUUUAUAGUUUCGAAAAGCAGCUGCCAGAGCACCACGUCAACCUUCUGUUCGGCUAUUUGAAACUAUCACCAUACCUAACACCACCCCCCGACCACCCUUUCUCGCGACCUACCCUUCGCCAUCCUGAUCUUUCACCGAACAACAUCCUCGUAAACGACUCACACGAAAUCACCGGCCUAAUUGACUGGCAGCACGCAGCAAUCCUCCCGCUUUGCCUGUGCGCCGGAAUCCCCACACACUUCCAAAACUGGGGCGAUCCGGCCUCAGCCACGCUAGGCAAGCCGGAAGUCGAAUUACCAGACAACUUUGAUCAACUGGACGAGCGCGAGCAGGCGUGCGUGCGGGAAACUAUACGAAAACGCCUUGUACAUUUCUUCUACGCUGCGUUGACCAUGCGUCAAGUACCCGAUCACUUCGAUGUUCUAACGGACGAGAAUGCAACGUUGCGCAUAAAGCUGUUCAAUUGCGCCGGGGCACCCUGGGAGGGGAACUCGUUGGGUCUCCAGUAUGCACUUGUCCAGGCGCACAAGAACUGGCCUAUGGGUGAUGCGACCGGAUCUGCCGCGUCGACGGAAUGUCCUGUACAGUUCUCCGAGGAGGAAAUCCAGAAUGUGACGGACUACGGGGCACAGGAGGAUGACCUGAUGCAGGAUCUUUCCCAAAUGAGAGACGUGAUCGGAAUUGACACUCAAGGCUGGGUGGCUGAUGACGAGCAACUGCAGGUAUCAGUGAGUGUUGCACGACAGAUCCGGGACGGGAUGCUGGAGCAUUGCGAGAGUGAGAUCGAGCGGACCGCGAUAGUCGAGCAUUUCCCGUUCGAGGACCAUGACGAGGAAGGCUUGAACUAA